AUGGAGCACCUUGCGCGCUACUCGGCUCCUCGAACUCGGGUGUACCACCUCAUGGCCGAAGGGAUGGCUUUCAAGGUCCCGGUCGCGCUCCGUGCAAGAAGGCGCGCCGCCGUCCUUCAACUCUUGGUGGCGUCCGAGACGUUGGUGUUCCGGAUUUGUUAUGCCGAUGAAGUGCCACAAGUGCUCAAGGAGUUCUUGCAGGACAGGAACAUCAGAUUCUGCGGCGCCGCUAUGGGCAAUGAUGUGAAAAUGCUGCGUCACUAUGGCAUUCAUAUCACUUCUGUGUACGACCUCCAGAAGGUACUCCCGAACCCCACCAACAAUCCCACUCCGAGUCUAUAUGAUUUGGCAAACUAUACCAUUGGGACAAACCUUGAGAAGACGAAGAAGUACAAGAAGAUGGACGUCCCCGCCGCGCAAGAAAAAGAAGAUGAGCUCAUUUUUGGAUGGGCUAAUUUUUCAUUGAGCUACGAGCAAGUGCACUAUGCUGCUCUAGACGCUCGCCUGGGCUUCGAGAUUGCUAGGAGGCAUUGGAUGCUAGUUGGCUACAAUAGCCAUGUUGAUCGUCUCAAUAUUUAG